CAAAAAAUUGUUAACAUUGUUUUUUCCGUUUUUAUUUUGAGUUUGUUUUUACUUUGUGUGUGUGUUUUUGCUUUUGCGUUUGCAGGCCAAAGUUAAAGUUGAGAUUUGCCGUCAAGUGUUUUUCUUUGGCUCAACUUCGUUUUGCCGUUUUAUUCGUUCGACGUGCGCGCCAGCGAACGGUUGUUGCUUUGUCUUUGUUGCCUUUUUGUAUCUGACGGAUACACGCGAGUGUGCUCUCUCUCCCGCGAGUAUCUAUCUCUGGCUCUCUUUGUGUAUACUCUACGUGUGUGUGUGUUUGAGUGUGUGUGUUAACUGCUGCCUGUUGAUUGCUGUGUGUGCGUGUGAAGAAAGAGCAAUAUUUAUAAGAAAUAAAUAUAUAUAUAUAUAUAAUGUUGUUGGUGGUGGCGAAAUAAACGAAAUAACGCCAACAACAAUUGUCGAUCGAUGAAACAACAGCAGCAACAUCAGCAGCAACAGCAACAGCCGCAUAAGAAAUAGUUUUUCCAGUGCAAAAACCAAAUGCCCAUUAUAUAAAUCAUCAUAAUCAUAAUCAAACGAAAAAGUAUAAAAAAUUGUGUUACAAUAUCAACGUCGAGCACAUGCAAAUGCGUCAAGUGCUUUUUGCAGAUUCACUCAACGCAACUUAAAUCAAUUCAAUCCAAUUCAAUUCAAUUCAACGCGGUGUGGAUAGCAGUCUCUUUUUGACGGACUUGACGACUUUCCUUUGGCCAACAAAACUAAGGUAAAACGCCAUGUGCCUGCUGCCAUAAACAAAGUCACGCUUCCUAAUUGAAAAGUGCCAGCUAAAUGGACGCGUAGCACGCGGCAAACUCAAAGUCCGAGUGUGAGUGAGAGAGAGAGAGAGGGAAUAGACGCGUUGCAUUUUUUGGACAUCAAGAGAGCGGAGCUGCCACAGAAGACACACGACUGCGACGACGACAACGACGGCGAUCGAGGCGACCGAAGCGAGCAACCAAAACAGAGGCCAAAAUGUGCAGCUCAACAAAAAUGGUUUACAGUUAUAGAAUUUUAUGGCUUUCCGGCGUUUUACUAGCUCACCUGUUGCUGGUGGCGAUUAGAGCGCAGGAGCCAGCCAGUCCAGUAUUUCAGAAUCACAAGACGAAGGAAUGGACGAAUUUAGAUAAUAUAACAUUCUCAUUCGAUUGCAAGCGGCGUUCGGUGGGCUUCUAUGCGGACAUGGAGUACAAUUGCCAGAUAUUCCACAUGUGCGAUGAGGAGGGCAAUCGAAUACCGCAUUUGUGCGCGAAUGAGACGAGCUUUAAUCAGGAAUACAGAAUAUGUGAUUGGGAUUAUAAUUUUAACUGCACAGAGUCGCCGAAAUGGUUUUAUCUGAAUGAGUUAACUUAUGCCACGGAUCCGCCAGAUGAAGAUGAUGAGGACUACUAAAUGCAAUUAACUAAAUAUUUAUUGUCUUUGGGGAGCAAAAACAAAUUAAAUUAACUGUGUAAACUGAAGAAAACAUAUGUGAAAAUGAAAUGAUAAAAAAAACGCAAAAAGCCCUAAAUGGAGAGUAAAUUUCCAUGAAAAUGUUAACUAAUUUAAGAAAAUUUGUUGACAAUUUUUGUUGAGUUUCGUUUUAUUGUACAAUUGUAUAUGUAGUCUAAUUUUGAGUAUUGUGUAUUGAAUGAGAGUCGUGUAAAUAAUGUAAAUAGAAGGCCACUAACUAAUAACAACAACAAUAUAACUGCAGCAGCAUGAGUAACAAAACAUGAACUACAACAAUUCGAGGCCGUCGUCAGAUUACUGUAUAAUUUACAAAUAAUUUUCUUUUGUUUGUAAGCACAACAAGAACAACAAAAUAAAUCGAAACCAUGGAUUGUACAA